GUCAGUUUUUAGAAAGAUCUGAGAAUACCAAGCCUACAUUAUUCUAAGAUGUACUUUCUGUUCUGUCAUUUUAUGUGUCUCCUUAGUGUCCUGUCUAUGUUGUCCAGUAUGUUAGAAGUAUCAGAGGCGUAUGAAAAUGUUGCCUUACACAAACCUGCAUUUCAAUUGCAUCCGUAUGACAGAAAUAAUAAAACAUUCGACGCAACUAAUGCAGUAGAUGGACUAAAGUCUGACUUAUCUUGGACGGGAGGUCAAUGUGCUGUAUCAGCUCUUGGAAAAGAAAUCGCCGCCUGGUGGGUAAACCUCGGCAGACUUCACAUCAUCGACCACAUCACUGUGUAUUUCAAGACAAAUAAUGGCAUUUGGGAUUACACAAACAACGCUACAUCCACCUUUCUAGGAUUUUCACUCUAUGUUUCCAACACAACAGAUAGAUUGCAAGGAAAAUUAUGUUUCAAGGAUAAUAACUUUAACACAAGCACUAUUCCUGCAGUUUUUAGCACAAUAUGUUAUGUACAAGGACAAUAUGUCAUCUACUACAACGAGAGACUGAAAGGGGUUACCUAUCCUUGCGAUUAUAAUUCAGAUGCUGAAAAUGAUUUAUGUGAAGUCGAGGUGUAUGGUAAGAUAUGCUUACUGUGGUUACUGUGGCUACUCUAGUCUGGCAUGGCUUCCUCUUAAAGAAAACUGAAGUCUUAUUUAAUUUGUAAUUCUAGGAAUAUGAUUAGUUGUAAUUUUUUUUCUCAAAUCGCAAUUCUCAAACAUACAUCUGUUUAGAAAAUAUUAAGUGUCACAAUUCACUACUUAAAAUUUUGUUUUUUAUCCACUACUAUUUCUGGAAAUUUACUCUAGAUUUUUUUGUCUGCUGUU